AUUUUCAUCCAGCCAGUGAUUUCAACACAUCUAACCUGGGGGACAGGGACUGAGAAAGAGAGAAGAGGUAGGAGACAGGUGCGUGGCCACAUCCGUGACCAUGGAGCCUCCCCCCUCUCUGAGCUUGGCUCUGCUAGGAGGGAGUGAGGAUGAGGACCAGCGCUUCCUCCUUCCCCUGGGCAGUAUAUCCCAUCCCUCCACCACUGGCAACCAGCCAGGAUCAAACCACUCCAACCACAUGGGAGGAUCCAGCCUUGAUCGUCUAAAUGGCGGCACCCCGUCCCCGUCCCCUGCCACGCCCAAUUUGCCUCCAGCAUCGCUCCCCAAGUUGCCCCUGUCAUCCUCUGGGGCCCAGCCUCUACCUCCGCCCAUCCCCAACGCCCUGCACCCCACCAGCACCCCGCUCUCCUCAUGCCUGGGCUCACAGCAUAGCCUGAGCGGGGACAACUCCCCAGUGUACAACGCCCUCUUUUACUCCUCCCACUCGCCCUCCAUGGAGCGGGAGAGGGACAGAGAGCGAGACAGGGACCGGGAGAGAGAGAGGGGCUGCAAACACAGACAGGCCAGCCCUCUGGUUCACCGUAGGGACAGUAACCCCUUCACGGAGAUUGCCAUGAGCUCCUGCAAGUACACGGGUGGAGUCAUGAAGCCCCUGAGCCGCCUCAGCGCCUCCCGCAGAAACCUCAUCGAAUCAGACAGCAGCAGCGAAACCAAAGAGGGUGGCGUUUCAGCUGUUGCCGGGGCAACGGCAACCGGGGGGCACGACCGACAGCGAGAAGCCCCACCUACCUCCUUGGUGGUCCAGUCCUCUGCCAAUCAACCCCUAAUUCAGAGCCCUCCAGAGAUUGUGAUUUCAUCCAAAGAAGACUCGCCGUACCUAAGAGCCGGGUAUGACAUCACUGAUUCCACUUCCAACCAGAUGUCCAUCUAUCACCAGAACCACGCACUGGUGGAGAGCAGGCGGGCGCAGUCCGGGAGGGGCAGCAGGCAGGCAGGGGUCGGGGCGGCGGGGACCGGGGCCAGGGGCAGCACUUCCAAGGCCUCCAAACGGAAGAACCAAAACAUUGGCUAUAAACUCGGGCACCGCAGGGCACUGUUCGAGAAGAGGAAGAGGCUGAGUGACUAUGCCCUCAUCUUCGGGAUGUUUGGCAUCGUCGUCAUGGUGAUUGAGACGGAGCUGUCGUGGGGCGUGUACACCAAGAGCUCCAUGUAUUCUCUGGCCCUGAAGUGUCUGAUCAGCCUCUCCACAGUCAUACUGCUGGGCCUCAUCAUAGCCUACCAUGCUCGGGAAGUUCAGCUGUUUGUCAUCGAUAACGGAGCCGACGACUGGCGCAUCGCCAUGACGAUGGAGAGGGUUCUGCUGAUCGCUCUGGAGCUGCUGGUGUCUGCGGUGCAUCCAGUGCCAGGGGACUUUAAGUUUCAGUGGCGGGCGCGGCUGGCCUUCUCAUACGCGCCGUCGCAGGCCGAGGCUGACCUGGACAUGGUAUUGAGCGUGCCCAUGUUCCUGCGCCUCUACCUCAUCGCCAGAGUCAUGCUGCUGCACAGCAAACUCUUCACAGACGCCUCCUCCAGAAGUAUAGGUGCCCUAAAUAAGGUGCAUUUUAACACCAGGUUUGUAAUGAAAACCCUCAUGACUAUAUGCCCCGGGACGGUGCUGCUGGUCUUCAGCAUCUCUCUGUGGAUCAUCGCUGCCUGGACCGUACGAGUGUGCGAGAGGUAUCAUGAUGCCCAGGAUGUGACCAGUAACUUCCUGGGAGCCAUGUGGCUUAUCUCCAUCACCUUCUUGUCCAUCGGCUAUGGAGAUAUGGUUCCUCACACUUACUGUGGAAAAGGAGUCUGUCUGCUCACAGGAAUCAUGGGUGCAGGCUGUACAGCUCUGGUGGUUGCCGUGGUAGCCAGGAAGCUGGAGCUGACCAAGGCCGAGAAACACGUACACAACUUCAUGAUGGACACGCAACUCACCAAGAGGAUAAAGAAUGCAGCGGCUAACGUGCUGAGGGAAACCUGGCUCAUCUACAAACACACCAAGCUGAUGAAAAAGAUCGACCACUGCAGAGUCCGCAAACACCAGCGGAAGUUCCUCCAGGCUAUACAUCAAUUACGCAGUGUGAAAAUGGAGCAGAGGAAACUCAGUGAUCAGGCCAACACACUAGUGGACCUCUCAAAGAUGCAGAGUGUCAUGUAUGAGCUCAUGUCAGAGCUCAACGACCGCAGCGAGGACUUGGAGCGCCAGAUGCUCUCCCUGGAGCAGCGGGUGGAGCAGCUCACCGCCGGCUUCAACACCCUGCCCGCCCACCUCUCAGCCACCCUCAGCGCCCAGCACGCCGCCCUGGUCCACUUGCUAAGAGAGAGGGAUUCCAGGGAUUGGAGAGGAGGUGUUGGAGGAGGUGCUGUGGUCCCAAUCUCCCCAGCUGUGUCUUUAACCGCUGCUCCAGCUUCAGUUUCGCCAGUCCAGGUCGCAACUCCAGCACCGACCCCAUCCCAGGUCCCUACUCUGGCCUUGGAGUCCCCUCUGACGCCCCCACCUCUGAGCCCAGAGGGGAGCCUGGAGGCUAGUCCCAACACCAACACCUGCACUUCUAGCUGCUGAAGACAGCUCUGAGGACCAGGAGAGGACAAAUAUGGAAAGAAAAUAGGGAGGGAGGAGGAGAGAAAUGUGAGGUGAUCCUCUGAAACUAGAGCUCCGUGAGGGAGGGCUGAAGACGGGACUGUGAGGAGAAAUAAUGGGAUUAAGAUGGAGGGCCAGUAUGAACGAUGAGACAUGUUAAGGACUUUGGGGCGCUUUCCUUGACAGGGGGAGGAGAAGAAAAAUGGAGACUCUAGAAGGUGUGAGGGGGAGGAAGAAUGUCAAGAGGGUGAGAAAUGGAGGUAGAAAGGAUGAGGAGGGGGAAGGAGAGAGGAGGAGAAAUAACUAGGAAUAAUUAUAUAAACUCAGAGCUCCUAAAUGGAUACUACUCCAAUUACUGAAAAGGGCCUUUUAUUCUCUGUCUCUCUCUCUCUCUCUGUCUCUCUCUCUCUCUCUCCUUCCUCCCGAUCUCUCCCUCCCUUCAUCAGGAAUUAAUGACCAUGACUUUUUAUCCUUAUGAUGUAUUUUCUAUCUGAAUGCUAAUUGUGUGUUAACGAGCAUCCCUUUAACAGAAGGUUCAAUCAAUACGACCGAGAUAUAAAAAAAAAAAUGUAAAAAAUAGUGGCGUGUACUGCACACACAUACACACAACUUAUAUUGACGUAUCAUGCACGCAAUACAAGUUAACACAGCACAAACACAAAUACACAAUAUUUUACAAUGCAGGCCCUAUUUACACUCACACAAAGAAAUUGUGUGUAGAAGCCCACAUGAUAAUACUAAAGCCUAUACUGCCAAGCACUCGAUGCACUGCCAAGCAAUGUAGACACACUGUAAAAAAGAAAUUCAUCCAUCAUCUUUUGUGGGUGUGACCCGAUGCAUAGUUGUGACAUUUUAACUUCUCAGUUUGGAGAACCGUAACCGUUCACUGAGCUACACAAAUUACAGACGAAGCUGAAAUAAGUUGGUAUGACACUGAGGGACAUGAGUCAUCACAACGUCUGUUUGUGACAAAGAAGACAGUCGCAGAUCAAGAUAACCCAUAACAACUACAAAGGACUUUUUUAUGACUGGCUUUAUUGAAUUACAGAUUGGGUUGAACGGAUGUGUACUUGUAGGUUUGCUGUACUGAAAUUAGACUUUAAAGAGUUUGAUUUUAUUUAAUUUCUGUUUGUUACUUAUGGAAAAAAAAUAGUUGUAUCAAGUGCAUUAAUACUGAAAUGGUUGUUGGGAGAAAGAAUAGAUUACAACACAAACGUAUAUUAAACUGGCAUUUCAUUUUAGGCGAUUCAUUUUGAACACUUCAAGAUAGAGCUUUGCAUAAACAUAAUGCUCCACAUCUGGUUAGUGUUCUGCAGACAGGUAAAAUAACAGUUGAAACAUUCUCCAUCAAUAAUAAAUGAUCUGCUUAUUCUUUUACUGCUCAGUUGAGUCAGAUUGACUGGGAUGCUGUAGUAUCUAUUGUUUUGCUUUAAUUCUCUGAUAAAUAUUUAUACUUAAAAUGACUAAAAUGUUGAUUUUUAUAUUGGAAAUUCAAUUGAAUUUAGAAUCCAACAAUUGUUUAGCUGUGUGAUUAUAAGUUGGUGUGAUUACAUAUUUUUUCACAGUGUACGGUUGUGUCUAUGACCCUUUAUGAAGGAAAAGAAGACCUCACUCACUGCCAUUCUUUUUCAAGCUUGCAGUCACAAAACAACGCACUGUUGUCAUGAAUGUAUGCUGUGUAAAGAAAUACACUCAAACCCACUUGCUUGCUCGAUCACUUAAACUGCCAUGCAGACACAAGAACAGACACCAACACGCACGGACACACGGAUAUACACACACCUCGACAACCAAAGUGCUCUCUCUUAAAUGGACUUCAAUAAGAGGCAGGGAACGCUGCUGUCACUGGGGACAAAAGAUAGCAGGAGGCGUUGCAGAUAUCUUGACAAUAUUUCUGAGGGAAUAACUGUGAAAAUCUGGGUAUGGACUUGUUACAGUGCUGUACAUGGACUGCUCUUCACUGCUUUAAAACAGAUUCAAGGUGGACUAUGGAUGAACACAAGGGAACACAAAUAAACCUUAUAAAGGAUUGAUGGCCAUGAAGGGACAGCUGUUUAUAAAAUAAAUAAAACAUAGAAAGAAAUUCUUAGAGGAAUUAUAAUGGUGUGAUGGGAAAGAGACAAGCCUACCCAUUGGAGACAAUAUCGAAAACUGUCUUAUAGCGACACGCUGUGGCCGGAAUACUGAAUUACAUACGCUUGGAAUAUUGUAUAGUAUGCUGUUAACGAAAUAUAGCUUUGUAUUGCUUAGUCUUUUCUACCAUUAUGAUUAAACGCAGUUAUAGCUGAUAUCUACUAUUACUAAACUAUAGUAUUCUUCUCAUUCGUCAUGACAAUUAUGAUAUAUGUAUUAACAAUAUGUUAAAUAAUUACGAACAAGGAAAGUGCCGUUUGAGGUUGAAAUUAUUUUGUAAUUUUUAUUUUA